GUUACUGUUAACUCGUCGAAGUCGAAACAUCACAAGACCUCAAAUCUGCCCAAAAAUGAAAUCAUUCAUCGUGAUUGCCCUAGCCCUCAUCGUGGCUGUUGCCGCCCAGAACAGAUAUACCAACAAGUACGACGGAAUCGACAUCGACGAAAUCCUCAAGUCGAACCGAUUGUUCAACAACUACUACAAGUGCCUACUGGACAAGGGCCGCUGCACCCCGGAUGCUAACGAGCUGAAGCGUAUCCUGCCGGAAGCCCUCCAGACCAACUGCGCCAAAUGUACGGAAAAGCAACGCCAGGGAGCCGUUCACGUCAUCAACUAUCUGAUCGAAAACCGAUCGGCUCAGUGGAAGGUUUUGCAGGAGAGGUACGAUCCGGGUAAUGUCUAUAUCAACAAGUACCGCGAUGAAGCUCGUGCAUCCGGAAUCAAGAUCUAAGAGCUGCUCGGAGCUUCCUGGAUCUCUACCUCUCUAUGCAUACCGAUAACUGACUGGAAGUUGAUUCAAAACAGACACCGCUGGAAUCCAGACACCAAAGCUUCACUGUAUUAUUAUAUUCGCUUUUAAUCUACUUCUA